AUGACUUCAAUUGCCAUGUUAAACUCGUGGCCGCCGUGCUCGGCGGCAGACCAGGACGUCUUCGGCCCCACCGUUGCUUCUUCAUGCCAACAUGGCUUCGAUUUUACUCUUCUAUUCGAAGAAACCAUCUUGACCUUGCUGCCGAUUUUUCUUGUCUGGCUAGCGGCAUCAUUUCGACUCUGGGCCCUUCGGCAUGCCCCGGAGAAAGUCAAUCGAUCGUGGCUCUAUGCUGCAAAGGAGAUUGCCUUAUCGUUGAAUAUAGCUCUCCAACUGAUUAUGCUGACUCUGUGGUGUCGAGAUUCUACUCCGACUACACGUGCGACCGUACCAACUGCUAUCGUGGCCUUGGCUACCUACAGUUUCUUUCUCUACUUAUCGCAUCUCGAACAUAUUCGUUCGCUGCGCCCUUCAUCGAUCCUCAUUCUCUUCUUCAGCUUCACAAUUAUUUUUGAUCUUGCACGCCUCCGUACUUUGCAUUUCAUUCCACAGAACCAACCAGUGACAUUCUUGUUCGCUACAAGUUUGAUCGGCAAGAUUGUUAUUCUGGUACUCGAAUCGACGGAAAAACGGCAUUUACUCAAAAAAGGAUUCGAAGGAAGCGCAAUUGAGACGACUGCCAGUAUAAUCAAUCGUUGUCUCUUGUGGUGGAUCAAUGAUCUGCUUUGGAAAGGAUCGAAAACAACCUUGACGGUUGAAAGCCUGCCUGUCCUCGCCGAUGACAUUAGGGAAUCCUCCGAUCCCCAAGACUUAGAAGAGAGGUGGGAAAAAGCGAACAAAUACCGGUCAAACGCGUUGCUAUGGACCUUCGCUUCUCAUUUCAGAUGGGAUUUUAUAGCGGGCGUGAUUCCUCGUCUCGCUUUUACUGGAUUUUGCUUCGCACAGCCAUUCCUGGUCGAGCGAGUUCUUGAUUUCAUGGGCGAGCCAGAACAUGUCAAUUCUGACAAUUAUGCUCGCGGUCUCGUUGUUGCGUAUGGCAUUGUCUAUGUUGGCCUUGCGAUAUCAUUUGCAACUUACCACCAUAAAAUCGACCGGAUGGUUACCAAGAUGCGAGGGAGUUUAGUCUCCAUGAUCUUUAGCAAGACACUACGACUCAGCAGCUCCGCAGUGUCAGAUGCGUCGGCCAUCACGUUGAUGAGUACUGACAUUGAGCGCAUAGCCACUGGUUUGAGAGAUAUGCAUGAGAUCUACUCGAAUUUCAUAGAAGUUGCGAUUGCACUGUGGCUGUUGGCCCGAUUGCUCAAAAUUGCCACGGUCGCUUCCACGUUGGUCGUAAUAGUAUGCCUGGCUGCCGGUAUUCCACUUGCCAUCGCCUCGGGAAAUGCCCAGGGCAUAUGGUUAGAGGCCAUCGAGGAGCGAGUUGCAGUCACGUCAAGGGUUCUUGGUGUGAUGAAGAGUAUCAAAAUGACAGGUUUGACAGACGUUCUGGCAAACAACCUUCGUGAUCUGCGAUCCCAGGAGAUUAAAACCUCUUAUGCUUUCAGGCUGUACAACGUUUUGAUUAUAACUUUUUCUUUCGCCUCCAGCGCCCUGUCCCCAGUCGUUGGAUUCGCUGUUUUUGCUCUCUUAGCUCGUAACGAAGAGGGUGUUUCACUUACAAAUGGUCUUGCAUUCUCUGCUCUCACCCUUUUCUCCUUGCUCGAUGGGCCCAUGAUUUCACUCGUGGACGGUUCAGAGGACCUCAUGGCAGUUGUGAACUGUUUCCAGCGAAUCCAAAAGCAUCUCAUGGAGACUGAAAGAGUUGACUGUCGCAUUUCUCAUAAGCCUCAGGCCCCUCAACUGAUCGACGUUGGUAACACGGAUGAUGAAAGCAGCCAACACUCGUCUUCUGCGAUCAUUCGCGACCUGUCUGCCUCCUGGUCGGUUGAUGAUGAGCCAAUCCUUAAGGACUUGAAUUUCGAAGUCCCCACUGAGGGAAUAACGAUGAUCGUUGGACCUGUUGGGUGCGGCAAGUCCACUCUUUUAAAGGUCCUGCUUGGUGAAAUCCCAGAAUUGACCGGGUCGGUCUCGACCACAUUCAAGCAUGCGGCCUACUGUAGUCAGUCGCCAUGGAUCACAUUUGGCACGAUUCAGCAAAAUAUUGUGGGUGCAUCUCCGUUCGAUCAAAGAUGGUAUGAUCGUAUUGUUCGGGUCUGUUCUUUGCAAGUAGACCUUCAGCAGCUUCCAUUCGGCGAUCAAACCAAGGUCGGCGUUCGUGGAUCGCGACUUAGUGGCGGGCAGCAGAUGCGUGUGGCACUAGCGCGAGCCCUCUACUCGAGACAGCCUGUUCUCAUCCUUGACGAUGUCCUAACCGGACUCGAUCGAGAAACGGAAAAGUUUAUCCUGGAAGCGGUCUUCGCGUCACAAGGGUUGAUGAAGGAGUUCGGACAGACAGUCAUACUGGCAACCAACUCAGCACAUCAUCUUCCUUACAGCAACUACAUUGUUGCCUUGAACGAGGAUGGAACCAUUGUCGAGAAAGGCUUUUACGAUGAAUUGGUAGCUGCAAAGGGCUAUAUUAGCUCCCUUAACAGCACGGCAAGCCGUGUUAACACCGAAAGGGCACCGGAUGUUGUUUUAGAUGAUGAGACGUUACAGGAGCUCAACCUCCCAGAAGAUGACAAUGCCGAUGACACGAGCAGACAGACCGGAGACUGGUCAGUCUACAUGUACUACUUUCAGCACAUUGGCUGGUCCCUUUUGGCGUUAUUUGUCGGACUGUGCGCCUUCUUCGUUCUUUGCAUGAUAGCCCCACAAAUAUGGCUGCAGUGGUGGACUAGUGCCAAUGAGACGAAUCCGAAUGAAAACGUCGGCUACUGGCUUGGUGGCUAUAGUGUCCUCGGAAGCUCGAUUUUGCUGGCGGCGUUUCUAUCCACUUGGGUGCUCGGAAUGGUCAUUGAACCCAAAACUGCCCGCAGCUUUCACGAGGUUUUGCUGGGUACAACGAUGAGAGCUACAACAUCCUUUCUAACCUCUACCGAUAUAGGUGCCACGACAAAUAGAUUCAGCCAAGACCUGGAAUUGAUUGACGAGGAGCUGCCCGAGACAUUUGAGACUACAGUCAAUGGAGUUCUCUUCUUUAUCGUUGAAGGAUUCCUCAUAUUUGUGGGGUCAUCCUAUGUGACGGCCGCAGUCAUCCCCUUUUGUAUUCUGGCCGUAUACUACGUUGCGCGGUACUAUGUGAGCACAUCCCGCCAAGUUCGUGUAUUGGAAAUUGAGUCAAAAGGACCUCUCUUCUCCAAGUUCCUGGAGUCACUCAGUGGUCUAGCCAGCAUUCGAGCCUACGGCUGGAAAGAGCACUACGCGUUGCAGAAUCAAAUUGCUCUUGACGCAUCUCAGCGCCCAUUUUACCUUCUUUACUGCAUACAGAGAUGGUUGAGCGUUGUUCUCGAUCUCAUCGUGGCCGGUAUUGCAGUUGCCGUGAUUGCCAUUUCGAUGUCUUUGAGAGGAAACCCAUCCCUAAAUAUGAUGGGGAUUGCUUUGUUCAAUAUUGUGAACUUCAGUGGGACGUUGAAGAUGCUUGUCAGGGCAUAUACAGGACUGGAAACAUCCAUUGGGGCGAUUGCGAGAAUUCGUUCAUUCGUGCGAAAUGCCAAAACAGAAGACCUGGAUUCCGAAGUUGAGAUCCCACCAAGCCUUUGGCCUCUUCGGGGCGAUGUGGAAAUCUCGAAUUUGUCUGCCUCAUAUGAUACUUCAUCCGAGCCAGUUCUUCAAGAUGUCAAUCUCAAAAUUCACGCUGGCGAAAAGAUCGCUUUAUGCGGCAGAUCGGGCAGUGGGAAGUCUUCUCUUGUCUCAACUAUCCUGAGACUCCUCGAUCUCAAGAGUGGAUCGAUCCUCGUUGAUGGAAUCGACAUUUCACGAGUCUCCAGGUCACACGUUCGCUCACGCCUGAAUACAAUCCCACAAGAGGCAUUCUUCCUGCAUGGUACCAUUCGUCUAAAUGCCAAUCCCGAGGGUGGUGCAGAUGAUGAUGCCAUUAUCGAAGCUCUCCAGAAAGUCAACCUCUGGUCUCAUAUUGAGUCAAAGGGAGGAUUGGACGAGGAUAUGACAGAGGAGCUCCUUUCUCAUGGACAGCAGCAGCUUUUUUGUCUUGCACGUUCGCUUUGCAAGUCUAGCAAAAUCUUGAUAAUGGACGAGGCUACCAGCAGUGUGGAUGCCGAGACAGACAAGCUCAUGCAGCAGGUCAUUCGUAGCCACUUCAAAAACCAAACAAUCAUCGCAAUCGCCCACAAGCUUGAUACUGUUCUCGACUUCGAUAAAAUCGCGUUCAUGGAUCAUGGAAGGGUCAUUGAGUUCGACUCACCGAAAGCCCUUUUGUUGAAAGAAGGAUCGGCGUUCAAGAAAUUGUUUGACAGCUUUCGCAAAGAAUCGGAAUGA